GAUGUCGCCAUGCAGCACUAUGGGGUGAACGGAUACUCCCUGCAUGCCAUGAACUCACUGAGCGCCAUGUACAACCUGCACCAGCAGGCAGCCCAGCAAGCACAGCACGCGCCCGACUAUCGGCCCUCGGUGCACGCCCUCACCCUGGCAGAGAGACUGGCCGGCUGUACAUUUCAAGACAUCAUUUUGGAGGCACGUUAUGGGUCCCAGCACCGCAAACAAAGGCGAAGUCGCACGGCCUUCACUGCCCAACAGCUGGAGGCACUGGAGAAGACCUUCCAGAAGACACACUAUCCAGAUGUAGUGAUGAGAGAGCGGCUGGCUAUGUGCACAAAUCUGCCUGAAGCCAGAGUCCAGGUUUGGUUCAAGAACCGAAGGGCCAAAUUCCGGAAGAAGCAGCGUAGCCUGCAGAAGGAGCAGCUGCAGAAGCAGAAGGACUGUGAAGGCAGCCACAGUGAGGGGAAGACAGAACCACCGGUGCUGGAGACCCAGUCCACAAUACCUGACUCUGAGAAGACCCAGAGCCUCCCAAGUGAGGUGAGCACGGACCUCAACCUAACCCUGUCGGAGCAGUCAGCCAGUGAGUCAGCACCCGAGGACCAGACUGACAGAGAGGAGGAGUUUAAGAGCACCUUGGAUGAGGCUAAAGUGGACAAGAGCCCUGGUGUGGAUGGCAAGGCUUUGAACUGCAAGAGAGCAAGCCCAAAAGCAGAGUCUCCCAUCAGCGCGACUGUGACUCCUUCGUCCAGCAGUGGCCUGGCUCAAACUCACUCCUACUCCUCCUCACCCCUGAGCCUCUUCCGCCUGCAGGAGCAGUUCCGCCAGCACAUGGCAGCUACCAACAACUUGGUCCAUUACUCCUCCUUCGAAAUGGGGACACCGUCUGCCAUGCCCUACUUGGGCAUGAAUGUCAACAUGGCGCCUCUGAGCUCCCUGCACUGUCAGUCGUACUACCAAUCGCUCUCCCAUGCUCAGCAGGUCUGGUCCUCACCCAUCCUGCAGGCCUCCAGCUCUCUUCCAAGCCUGAACAGUAAAACAACAAGUAUUGAGAACCUAAGGCUCCGGGCAAAGCAGCAUGCAGCAUCCCUUGGGCUUGAUACCCUACCCAACUGACUGCCAGAUGGGCAACCAUUGCCCAUAAGAAGAUGCACCAGAGGUUGGCACCAGACAUGUCACUCCUGGAAUCCCUUCCACCCUCAUCUCUUCCUGGAGUAAGGUGCUCCCUACCAGGGAAAACUUUGCAUUUAUUAAGGUCUUACUUGCAACACAAUUGCAUCAGACAUUGCUACUGGCUUGGUCUUCUUUAAAUAUUAAAGGAGGAAGGGGGAGAAGAUGUGUGUUUAGACAGAUGAACUGUCCCUUUGGACUGCUGUGAGUUAAGCCUGUAACAUUCAGAAAGAGCCCCCUCACCUCAACCCUGCGAUAAUGUGCCAACUGUGUUAUAUACACCCUCUUUUGUUGUCGAUGCAUUCUUUGGGAAAACAAAGAGUCCUGCUUUGUCUUGUACAUAGUUUAUAAUGUUGAAAGCAUCCACCACCCGUGUGUUACUGUCAGUGUUACAGAACUGUGGCCUCUUUUGCUUUUAUUCCCCUUUCUCUCUCAGUUUUGGUAGCUAGUUCCAAAGUCACAAAUCAGCCACGCUCCCAACCUCAGCUCGCAGCUAGUUGCUCUUCUUGGGUUCAGAGUCUUAAUGGUGCUUAGAGCAAAGAAAAACCAUUAUGCAAUUCACUGCUCCAUUUCGCUCUUCUCUGCUAAAGCUGAUAUUAUAGUGGCCAGGAAAUGAUGCAACGGCGAAUUUCCUGUUUAAGCACUUCCAAAAAGGCAAGCGUUUUUUCCUUUACUGUCUAAUAGCACUUGUUCACAGACAGAGGACAAAAUACUGGCCAAAUGCUGCUGGCUGGGGAGAAAAAAUGAAAGCCAAAUCCACGUGAUUACUUUUGACUUGAUUGUUUCCUUUUUGGUCUUCAGUGAAGUGUAAACUCCCCUAUUUACAAAUUAUGGGGUUUUCUUUUUGGAGAGCAUUUUGGUCUAGCUUUGACAAUAGAGAACAAUAAAAAUUUUGUAUGAACUCCCACUGUGUUCAUACACCAUGAAUUAUAUGGUUCCUCGACAAAACCACGAUUAAUGCAAGCUGUUCUUAGAAAAAUGCUCCGAUCACCAAAUUCUACUCAAGCUGUGCAGCUUCAGACCCCGGUUAGCAAGUGAGAAUGUAACAAGUGAAAAAUGCUGGAGGCCAAGCGAGGUGAUAAUCGGAGGCUCAAUGUCCUCAAGUAACCAAAACUCACCAACUACAAAGUGAUUUCAGUCCACAGUUUUGGCCUUAUUUCUCUGGAAUGACCCUUCAUUUUAGUAAUCUACCCAGAGUGUUUUUCCUUCUUGAGAAGCAACAUCUCUGCCAACCCAAAGGACUUCUUUUUUUUUUUUUUUUCCCCCCAAACCAAAUAAAUCCUUUGAACUCACCGCACCAAGCAGAAAGGAGGGAGGAAACCCAGAUCUAAUCUAAUAUUGCCUAGGACCAGAAAUGCAGACUGGCUCUGUGACAGGUGCUAGGUUGGAAUCCAAAGGGUGUCAGCCAGAUCUGCCACUAACAUGAAGCAGAGCUGGGCUAAUUCACUGCAGGCCAUCAUCUGGUCCCUACUUGAUUUAAAGAAGAAAUGUAGAGGCAACGUGUGCAUAGCCUACACACCCUCUUGCUACUGCCUUACUUCAUACUAAUGCAGAAACCGUGGGUUGAGUUACCUCUUUAAACACGAGGGGGAAAGAGAAGGAGUGUUUUCAACUCCAAUAAUACAUCUUAAAAAAGCAUCUAAAUCCCUUAAACUGAGACAUAAGAAUAGCCAAAUUUGGUGGGAAAUGAUGCUCUUAAAAUUGUCGCAAGAAAGGGAAGGGCAGCUCAUCGACCGCACAAACUUCCAAGGUAAAUGGAACAUCUUCCCUAAAUAGUUCUGCUUCAUUUUGGGGCUUUGUUUCCUUCUUCAGCUUUCCUGACUUUGUCCAAUCCCUGCAGAAUUCUAUGCUUUGCCAAAACCAAAUGUACUUGUAAGUCAUCAAUUUUUGGCUGCCACUUUCAAAGGACUCCAAUUAAAUUAAAACCACCAAAGCACAUUUACUGUCUCCAGACAGAUCCCUUGAACAUCCCAGCUUUCACUUCGGUAGCACUGGGCGCCUGUCAACCAAACCAGGGACAUCAGAACAAAGCUUUCAUUUUUGUCCUCCCCUUCUCCAAAAAGCCAUAAGCCCCCCUUUUUGUCACCGGGGCAGAUGCAGCCUUUCCAUGGGAUCUCCCUGCUCAUCUGCCUCCAUCUGUUGUAGCCACAUCAUUUCUUAUGUUGAGAUUAUUCUGAAUUGGGAUUAAAUUGCCUAAUA